AAAAAAAAGUCUUAGAAAACAUAUGGAUUAGCGAGAAUGUAAUAAUAAUAAUAUAUAUAGAGAGAAAGACGGAAAGAAGUAAAGAAUAAGGUAGCAAAAAAGAAAGCGUCUGUCUAGGGCAAGGCGGAGGAGGAAGGCGAAGAGGUGGAGGAGGAGAAAAUGGGCAGUGAAGGAAGGAAGGAGGAGCGAGCUUCUGAGAGAAUGAAGAAGAAAGAUAGUGUGGGGACGCGCAUAGAGCUGCGGUGCACGGCGAUUCAGAUGUUUCUUCUGGAAUCGACUUCUGGUUCUGAGAAGCGCAUCCGUGAAAUGUUUGGGGACAAUCCUGACACCAGCAAGGCGCUGCGGAUGCUAUUGAAAAAUCACAGGGUUCGGCGGUUCGGGAGCGGAGGGAGAUCUGAUCCGUUUGUGUAUAUGGCCCUAACUCCGCCUAGCAUGAAUGAGCUGGAGCGGCUUAAGGAGGCGAACGUCACCGAAACCAUGUGAAGCGUUGCCUGCCGUGGGGGUUUGUGUUCUUUGCGCUCGGAAUUCAAAUUCUCCAGCUUGUCGACGCAGUUUUUGUAAAGAUUGUGAAAAUAUAGGGCGAUUUGGUACUGUUGAGAAGCAGGAUGGAUGAUAGCCUGGCUUCCCUAAUUUUUUAAAAAUUGACCCUAACUCUUCGUUUUCUUUGUAUCUUUUAUUUUUUAUCCGUUUGCAAGGAACUUCUCUGUAUUACUGCAAACAAGGAUGGGUGAUAAAUUGCAAUUUAGGUUUAUGGUUUCAUGGUUACAGGUCAAGGAAUCCUCCAUCUAAGAGGUGGCUUUCUUGUAUUGCUCUCGCCGUCCCCGAAUGCAAUCUUUUGAAAUUUGGGAAUGAGCAACUGGUUUCUUAUCCUUAGGGAGGUUACUUGUGAGAUUCGAUAUGUUCUCCUGUUAACCUUCUGUAUUUUGUUGCCUUCGUAACGAUGGACCAAAUCAGGGAUAAAUUUGAUGGCUCAAUGGCUGUAGUAUGCAUUUUUACCCCAAAAUGUAAUCAAAAAUUUCCGAAUUCUA